AAUCUAAAUGUAAGCUUAUCGGUGUCGAGACAUUAUUCGUAUGCAGACAGGUUAAAUUGCAACCUCAACAUUACAACGAUUAAUCUGUCGCGAUGCGAGUUUAAUUAUUUCAUAAAAUGCAUCGAACCGAUCGUGGACGGGCGAGGGUGUCUGAUCGCGACGUCAUUGAAAAUUAGUCAAGUGUAAACCACACGGAACAUUUAAAAUUCAAAUCAACGUCCAUAAAAUACGUCAGGGCCUUCCGCACUUCCUGCUUCGCGCUACUCUUCGGAAAUUUUAUGGUGCAAGAAACGCGAGAGACGCGACGAUGCGAACGUUUGAAGUCUGACGAUAUUUCUUCCCCUUUCGAGAUUUGUCUGUGACGAUGCUUCUGAUAAAAAUCGACGUGGCAUGCGACAAAAAUAUAUGUUGGUAGUUUAUCGCUGCAUGCCGUUUGUAUCAAAAGAAUUCACAAUAUUUUUAUGUACCAAUCCAAAUUGCUAAGCAUUUUAUCGAUGUAUGAAAACUCGCUCUUACGAUAAACAAGAAUAUCUUUGCUCAAAACUAUAAAAUUGAACAUACAAAUUCACAAUAUACUUACAAUUAGUCUUACGUAUUAUAUUUGAAAUUUAUAAUUUAAUCUAAUUUUUUCUUUACAAAAACAAUGUCUAAAAUAUUGAAUUCUAUAUUAAUUUCAAUUAUAUUAUUAUUAAAAUCGAGUGAGAUAUUGCGAAAUUUCAAAUACUAAAAGCAUAAUUACGAUUAAAUACGUAUUUAAGCGUUUUCUGCACAUAUUUUCAAAUGCAUGCUCAAAAUAUGCUUUCCACAUCCGAUAUAUUUUGCAUUUUCCAAUUCUAUUCUAUGACACAAUUUUCGUUAAAUAUUUUUGAUUUAAAAUAAUCAGACAGAAUUUCGAUAUGAUCAUAUGGGAAGUAUAAGAUUAGCAAAAUGCAUUCAAGCGCUCAAGUAAAAACAGAUAUUCAGAUUUAGUCAUCGCGCAUUUACGACAAGUCACUGCUCUGACACGUGUCUUCCUUGGUGACGAAUGACAGAUGUCCGUAACACGUGUCGUGAACGUACGAAAAAAAAAGAUCGCUCUUCGAUCGAGGGUCGUGACGCGCUGUCUACUCUCGCAAGUAACGCCUUUCGAACGUUUUGAAAUACGUUGCACAAAUAUACAAAAUGGAAGCGACCGCUGAUGAUUGAAAUUGAUACUGAUGAAGUAACUUUCGUGUUCAAAACAUGAUGAAACACACACAAUUAAAAGACACACACAAAUAUGGUGAAGGAAACACCUGCGAAAUAAUGCGUCGACAAGAUAUAAAGGAAGAUAGAAGGCUGAGAAGGCAGCAUCUUCGUACGGUAAAGAUCAAAGAAAAAACGUGACAUACAUUUAUAUUGGAAAGGAGAGAGAGCUGACAAAAGAGAGGAGAGCGGAAUUUCUUGCAGCAAGUCAGAGCAUCAAAAUAGCCGUUAAUGUAAUUUUCGUUCCACAAGUUUGUCUGUAUACUGGAAGAAACAGCAGCUCUUCAUCAAAAUUAGAUUACGGCUGUUGUAUCGCAAUCAGUAAUAGUCUGUGAGACUGUCGGAAGAACAGGCAGUUACAGAAUGAAUCGUUUUUUGAUGUACACUAAUAGAAAGCCUGAAAGGCUCGUAAUUUCAAUACGCUACGAAGUAAUUCUCGGCCGAAGAUACUUCGACACUAUACUUCGUCCUAGAGCUCGACUUUCCUCGAGAGUAACAACCCAAUUUAUGCAGAUUAUGGACGCGGAUCCGAAGCCGCGAAUUCGAGCCAACGCGCAAAUUGCCACUUCGACGAGACGCUGCCAUCGCGCGUCGACGCUUUCGCUUAUAUGGUGGAAGUUUCGCGCGUUUCAUAGAGGAAAGGCGAUCGUCGAGACGCAUUUUUAAAGUCGCAUCUUCCCUCGAUCGUUAAUAAUCGAUUUUAUAAGCCUCUUUACCUAUAUAUGAGACAACCGCUUUUAUACGGCACAAUUCUGAUGACGGGAAACGUUCAUGUGACGAGGAAGAAUUCAAUUUAUUCAUAACUAGAAGAGUUUCGCAUGCUUCAUUCUUUAAAAGAAUAAACAUAAAUGUCAAAGGCAAAGUCCAAAGCCAAAGUUCUGUGAAGCGUUUUAUACGAUAAAUGUUUAUAUUAAUUUCUGUAAAAUAAAAUGUGAUGUGACGCUUGUUGUUUCCAAGAA